GUGAUGCCGGGUGGAUGGGAACAAACUUCAGAAGGAGGAGAGACACCGGGCCCAGGGCACCCUCGCGGGCGGACCCAAGCAGUGAGGGCCUGCAGCCGGCCGGCCAGGGCAGCGGCAGGCGCGGCCCGGACCUACGUGAGUGAGCCCCGAGCCCUCGGCGGGCUGCGAGCGACUCCCCGGCGAUGCCUCACAACUCCAUCAGAUCUGGCCAUGGAGGGCUGAACCAACUGGGAGGGGCCUUUGUGAAUGGUAGACCCCUGCCGGAAGUGGUCCGCCAGCGCAUUGUAGACCUGGCCCACCAGGGUGUAAGGCCCUGCGACAUCUCUCGCCAGCUCCGCGUCAGCCAUGGCUGCGUCAGCAAGAUCCUUGGCAGUAGGUACUACGAGACUGGCAGCAUCCGGCCUGGAGUGAUAGGGGGCUCCAAGCCCAAGGUGGCCACCCCCAAGGUGGUGGAGAAGAUUGGGGACUACAAACGCCAGAACCCUACCAUGUUUGCCUGGGAGAUCCGAGACCGGCUCCUGGCUGAGGGCGUCUGUGACAAUGACACUGUGCCCAGUGUCAGCUCCAUUAAUAGAAUCAUCCGGACCAAAGUGCAGCAACCAUUCAACCUCCCUAUGGACAGCUGCGUGGCCACCAAGUCCCUGAGUCCCGGACACACACUGAUCCCCAGCUCAGCUGUAACUCCCCCGGAGUCACCCCAGUCGGAUUCCCUGGGCUCCACCUACUCCAUCAAUGGGCUCCUGGGCAUCGCUCAGCCUGGCAGCGACAAGAGGAAAAUGGAUGACAGUGAUCAGGAUAGCUGCCGACUAAGCAUUGACUCACAGAGCAGCAGCAGCGGACCCCGAAAGCACCUUCGCACGGAUGCCUUCAGCCAGCACCACCUCGAGCCGCUCGAGUGCCCAUUUGAGCGGCAGCACUACCCGGAGGCCUAUGCCUCCCCCAGCCACACCAAAGGCGAGCAGGGCCUCUACCCACUGCCCUUGCUCAACAGCACCCUGGACGACGGGAAGGCCACCCUGACCCCUUCCAACACGCCACUGGGGCGCAACCUCUCGACUCACCAGACCUACCCCGUGGUGGCAGAUCCUCAUUCACCCUUCGCCAUAAAGCAGGAAACCCCCGAGGUGUCCAGUUCUAGCUCCACCCCUUCCUCUUUAUCUAGCUCCGCCUUUUUGGAUCUGCAGCAAGUCGGCUCCGGGGUCCCAGCCGGUGCCUCGGUCCCGCCCUUCAAUGCCUUUCCCCAUGCUGCCUCCGUGUACGGGCAGUUCACGGGCCAGGCCCUCCUCUCAGGGCGAGAGAUGGUGGGGCCCACGCUGCCCGGAUACCCACCCCACAUCCCCACCAGCGGACAGGGCAGCUAUGCCUCCUCUGCCAUCGCAGGCAUGGUGGCAGGAAGUGAAUACUCUGGCAAUGCCUAUGGCCACACCCCCUACUCCUCCUACAGCGAGGCCUGGCGCUUCCCCAACUCCAGCUUGCUGAGUUCCCCGUAUUAUUACAGUUCCACAUCAAGGCCGAGCGCACCUCCCACCACUGCCACGGCCUUUGACCAUCUGUAGUUGCCAUGGGGACGGUGGGAGCGACUGAGCAACAGGAGGACUCAGCCUGGGACAGGCCCCAGAGAGUCACACAAAGGAAUCUUUAUUUAUUACAUGAAAAAUAACCACAAGUCCAGCAUUGCGGCACACUCCCUGUGUGGUUAAUUUAAUGAACCAUGAAAGACAGGAUGACCUUGGAGAAGGCCAAACUGUCCUCCAAGACUCCUUAAUGAGGGGCAGGAGUCCCAGGGAAAGAGAACCAUGCCAUGCUGAAAAAGACAAAAUUGAAGAAGAAAUGUAGCCCCCAGCCGGUACCCACCAAAGGAGAGAAGAAGCAAUAGCCGAGGAACUCGGGGGGAUGGCGAAUGGUUCCUGCCCGGGCCCAAGGGGUGCACAGGGCACCUCCAUGGCUCCAUUAUUAACACAACUCUAGCAAUUAUGGACCAUAAGCACUUCCCUCCAGCCCACAAGUCACAGCCUGGUGCCGAGGCUCUCCUCACCAGCCACCCAGGGAGUCACCUCCCUCAGCCUCCCGCCUGCCCCACACGGAGGCUCUGGCUGUCCUCUUUCUCCACUCCAUUUGCUUGGCUCUUUCUACGCCUCCCUCUUGGGCAUGGGCUGAGGGCUGGAGCGAGUCCCUCAGAAAUUCCACCAGGCUGUCAGCUGACCUCUUUUGCCUGCUGCUGUGAAGGUACAGCACCACCCCAGGUCCUCCUGCAGUGCGGCAUCCCCUUGGCAGCUGCCGUCAGCCAGGCCAGCCCCAGGGAGCUUAAAACAGACAUUCCACAGGGCCUGGGCCCCUGGGAGGUGAGGUGUGGUGUGCGGCUUCACCCAGGGCAGAACAAGGCAGAAUCGCAGGAAACCCGCUUCCCCUUCCUGACAGCUCCUGCCAAGCCAAAUGUGCUUCCUGCAGCUCACGCCCACCAGCUACUGAAGGGACCCAAGGCACCCCCUGAAGCCAGCGAUAGAGGGUCCCUCUCUGCUCCCCAGCAGCUCCUGCCCCCAAGGCCUGACUGUAUAUACUGUAAAUGAAACUUUGUUUGGGUCAAGCUUCCUUCUUUCCACCCCCCAGACUUUGGCCUCUGAGUGAAAUGUCUCUCUUUGCCAUGUGGGGCUUCUCUCCUUGAUGCUUCUUUCUUUUUUUAAAGACAACCUGCCAUUACCACAUGACUCAAUAAACCAUUGCUCUUCA